AACUCCAGUGAUUCCCAGACUGCCUGGCUGGCUGACAGCAAGCUCUGUGCUCUGAUCUGGCCGCUCUGAUGGGGUUUCAUGCCCGUGUAGGCAGGGUUGGGGAUCCUAAGGGCAUCACAGGGUUCUAAUGCAGAUCUCAGCCUACACAGGUAAGAAUCAGAACAUCUCAUCUCAACCUCACAGACUGGCUGAUGGAUCAUCAACCAACAACCAUCACUAGAAUCCAAAAAGGGAGCUAAGAAAACACCAGACUACAAAGCUCAAAGGACGACUGGCAGUUAUGAGAGUGGUACCAGUGUGUGCCCUCCUCCCCCUCCUCCUCACUUUGUCACAUGCCUGUCCAAAGGAGUGUACCUGCAACAGCAACACCAAAGUGGUGGACUGUCGGGGUCGAGGCCUCUAUGACAUCCCCCGACGACUGCAUCCAGACACUCAAGAGCUGUACCUCCAGGAUAACCGUAUCCGAGGGUUGGGAUCCAUGGCCUUCCGGGAUAUUCCCCUUGUUCGCAUUCUUGAUCUAUCUAAUAACUCUAUAACAUCUAUAUCACCAACGGCUCUGCUGGGUCUCAGAACUUUGCAGCGCCUCAGCCUGGCCCACAACAGCCUCAGAGAGCUCGACAAGCGGUUGCUCGGACCUAUCCGCUCGCUUUCGCACCUUGAUCUCUCACACAACAGCUUGUGGGGUUUGCAUGGAGCCAUGGGAGAGAGUCUAAGAAAUCUAAGCCAUCUAGGCCUGGCUCACAACAGGUUAACAAGACUGGACCGGUCUUUGUUGGAGAACCUGGGCCACCUAGACAGCCUCACACUGCGAGGCAACCCCUGGAGGUGUGACUGCCAGCUCAUAGGCCUAAAACUCUGGCUGGAGACCUACCUCUUUAAAGGUGGAGUGGUGGAUGAGGUGCUUUGUUCCCAGCCGGCGGAAAUGAGGGACAGAGACCUGCAGAAAAUCCCGUACCAACUUUUCCACGCCUGCAUGACCACAAGUUACCACUACCUGUUCGCCAACAUACAUCACCUGGAGUCUGAGAGGCUACUGCGAGGCCACACCCACGGCAACCAUGUUCAUCCUUCAAGCCACACCCUCCACGUCCCCAUGGCAAUCGGGGAGGGCUUUGGUGGUGGGGUAGGAGGAGGAGGGGGUGGGGGGAGUAUGCCAGAGUGUGAACCAAAGCAGAAGCAGAGGCCUGUCAACUUGCGCCACGCCAUUGCCACGGUGAUCAUCACCGGCGUAGUGUGUGGGAUCGUGUGUCUGAUGAUGCUGGCUGCAGCAGUGUACGGCUGUGCCUACGCUGCGAUCAUGGCCAAAUAUCAGCGAGAGCUUAAGAAGAACGAGGAGUUGGCAGCAGCGCAGGGGGCAGAUCACGCAACAGCAGAUGAAAAGGAACCACUGGAGAACGCUAUCGCCUAAAAGAUAAUAAAACAAUCCCUGAACUUAAAAGCUGGGUCUCAACCCUUUAACCUAAAGUUCCAUGGAUGCCAUGUGUGUGUGAGAGGAAAAACAACAGAGUGAAUGAAACAUUAAUGUGUGUGAAUACGUGUGUCAUAUCAUCUGAGACUUGGGUAGCUAAAUUCCACAUGUAUCUGACUAUGCACUGAAGAGAACUGAUACUUCUACUGUAUGCGGGUUUAAAGGGGCAGGCCAAAGACGUGUCAUUUCCAUUUUAUCUGAAAAAAAAAAAAAAGAAGCAUAUCAAAGAUAAAGGCAAACUGUUCUAUAUUUAUAAAGGUGUAUUUGUAGGUAUAUUAGUAAAGUUCUGGUAUUUUAAAGAAGUGGAUUUGAAAUUUUUUUUGUCUUUUAAUUGUAGUUCAUAGUUCUGAUUUUGAGUUCAUUUGGGAAACUCAUAGUAGGCAGCUGUCGGUGAAUUCUGUCCUACGUUGUUCUAUAAUGAUUGGGAGUGUAUGAAGAAUGUGAGUUUUUGUGUCUGUACAUUAUUUGUGCUUGCGUGUUAGUAUGCACAUAUUUAAAGAGAUUUUAAGAGACUGUGCCUAAUUAUUUACAUAGUUUAGAAGGGAAAAUGAUUUUUUCUUAAAGCGUAUUUUUCUGAUGACUGGAGCGAAGGGGAGAAUUUCGCUGAAGCAAUAAUGAAACAAACUAAAAUGAAACGAGAAGUAAUUGUGGGCUUCUUGUUUUUGUAUGAAUAUAAAGAGUCUAACUUAUUAUUCUGAUACACAGUCACACAUAAGCUGUUGCACAAACAUUUUUUAAAGCAAAGUCAUGUUUGGGAGACAGUGAUUAUAUAAUGGUAGUCAUGUCUUUCACCUGUAUUAUACGAAGAGUAAAUAGAAACAUGCUACCUGAUCACUGCGCUAAAUUAAACAGAAAUAUUUGAAGCACGUGUAAUA